CUGGCUCAGUCAGUGGAGCAUGCAAUUCUUGAUCUUGGGGUUGUGAGUCUGAGCCCCACGUUGGGUGUAGAGAUUACUUUAAAAAAUAAAAGAAAUAGAAUGGGAAGGGAAAGACUCUUAAAGCUCAUGGUCUCCCUUGCCCUAUCUCCCCAUCCUCAAUGGGCCCAGCCCAUUGCUCUCCCCCCACUACAAGCUUUUGAAUACACCAGGGCUUUAUGCUGCCCAAGAGGGAGGCUCUGCUUGGCGGAUUUAGUAUCAUCCAAUUCGAGGUGUCCUCCUUGAAUAAAGCCUUGGGCAAGCCCCCUCCUGGCCACCUCUCAUGGGAGCCCCUUCUGAGGCACCAACACUGUUCUAAUUUCUUACGAUCAGGAUAGCAAACUGGCUUCAAGGGCAAACAGACCAGGCCACGGUGACUUUUUCUAGAAAGAACAUCUUGGUCUUGGAGGCAGGUCCCCAGAGUCUCUUGGAUCUGUCUAGUACACGGCCCCUCUGGAACAGGCCUCCCUGUAACCCAUGCCUGGCUCACACCAUCUCCCGAAGGCUCCCAAGCCUCCCAGCCCACCCUCUGAUUUCUCCACCAACCUCAGCUCCACCUGUGGAGUUUAUGUAGCCUGGAGUUGGGGGAGGCCCCCCUCUGGCCUCCUCUAUUAUAAACUUCCCUCAGAUACCACAAGUUAGUUCCUCAGCCCCAAGACUCGAGCCUCUGAGAACUUUGGCCCUGGGUCCCAGGUCCUUAUAUCUCCUCCCAAGUUAUCCUGCCUUCCUGGACCCUUAAAGUUUUAACCCAUUCACCAGUUUCCUUCAGUAAUCACCUAGGGAUCCCUGAACGUCCUCAUGCCCCACCCCACCCACAUCCUGGAGCCUGGACUGGGCAGUUCAACGCCAGAGCCUCCCAGCCAUCCUGCCUCUGCCCUCCAUCCCUCCUUCCUGCAGGCCUGCGGCCAAGGGAAGGGGCAGGCCUGGCUGUGGAGCCCCUCCUCCUUUGGGCCCGGCCUGGAGAGGGCGGGAUAAAGGAGCAUUGGAGCAGGCCUGCUUGACGUUCACUAGUGGCUACAGCUGGAAUGGACCCCACAGAGUCAGAUGGCAGCAGCCAUGGUAAAGACAGCAGCCCCCACUCCCAGCGUCCAUGCAGGACAUUCGCCCGAGGGGCCUGUCGCUGGGGGUUGAGCUGCUACAUCGCUCAAGACAGAAAGGUGUCCCAGGUCUGCAGAUACUUCCAGAGAGGCUUCUGCUUCCACGGAGAUCAAUGCAGCUAUCAGCACCCUCAGCCCCCUGGCCACCUGGAAUGGGGCCGGCGCCACUCGGAGCCACGUGUCACCCUGCCAAGACCCCGGCUGGGGCUGACCCGCAGGGGCUCCGAGCCCACCUACCUGCCCUCUGUGGCUGUGGGUUGGGACUGGCCGGGGGCCUGCUGGGGUAUGGAACCUGGCCUGGUGGGGUUGGCCGGCAAGGCGGAGGAGGUCGAUGGCAGUUCCUGGAAGUCCCCGUCACCAUCAUCUGCUGACGACGAUCACUGUUACUCCCAGGAGCCUCAGCCUAAGUCAGACCCUGUCCGGGAGCUCAUGGCCCCACUUCAGAGCCUGGGCCUGGAGCUGCAGCAGAGGGAGCAGGACAGUCGGGACGUCGUGUGUGGCAUCUGCAUGGACAAGGUGUGGGACAAGCCAGAGGCCGAGCGGAUCUUCGGCAUCCUACCCAACUGCACCCACGCCCACUGCCUGGGCUGCCUGCGCACCUGGCGGAAAAGCCAACAGAACUUCCCGCUGGCUGUCAUCAAGGCCUGUCCCCAGUGCCGUGUCCAUUCCAGCUACAUCAUCCCCCACAAAUUCUGGGUGAGCGAGGGGGCUGAGAAGGAGCAACUCAUCAGGAACUUCAAGGCUCGGACCAGCCAGAUCCGAUGUCGGUUCUUCAUGCAGGGGAAUGGCCGCUGCCCCUUCAAGUCUGAUUGUAUUUAUCUGCACCAGCUACCGGAUAAAGCCCUGACCUCUGAUUCUCCCUGGACUGAGAGUAUGCAGCUGACCUCUGGGAGUGAGGUACUGGGCCCAACAGGGUUCCAAGGGGGCACCGAGCAGGAGGACGAAGCAUUCUUCAUGGACUGUGCCCUGGCCAUGGCCUUCUGGGGUUCAGAACUCUUACUGGAUCGCAAUAAUUCUUACCUUGGCUUUCUGUGA